CUUUUUACGCGGACCAAUCACAACAGACCAACACAUUCGGUGUGUCAAUUUGAAACGCAAACUCCCCGUGAAAAAUCUCUUGGUUCUUUGUGGUGGAUUUUCUCAGUGAAUUUGUACAAAAAUAUCAGUGAAAACAUGCUGAGCAGGAAGAGAAUCUUCUGAAGGAUUUGUCUGAGUAAUAAUCUUGGCCAAAUGUUGGAAACUUGGUCACAAUCAAGCUGAUUUCCUGACAUAACCUACAACGGUAUCAACUACUGAUUCUGCCACUUAGACUAGGAAGUAUUUAUUGUGAGAGCUGAGAGAGAGAGAGAGAGUGUUGAGAGAAAUGAAGACUUCCACGUUAGUUGUUUUAUCAAUCAAUCUGAUAUGCUUUAUCGGCCUGGCUGUGGCCGGAAGGGAUUUCUACUCCAUUCUCGAGGUCAAGAGAUCCGCUUCCACCAAUGAAAUCAAGAAAGCAUACAGGAAACUUGCAGCUAAGCUGCAUCCGGACAAGAAUAAAGAUGAUCCCAAUGCUUCGGAAAAGUUUCAAGAUCUUGGAGCUGCCUAUGAGGUUUUGUCAGAUCCAGAAAAGAGAAAAACCUAUGACAGAUGUGGAGAGGAGUGUCUGAAGAAGGAUGGCAUGAUGGACGGUUCAGAUCCUUUUUCCAGUUUCUUUGGGGACUUUGGUUUCCAUUUUGGGGGAAAUGAAGGGCAUCAGGAUAUACCAAGAGGGGCAAAUAUUGUGGUUGAGCUCUCUGUGACACUCGAGGAACUCUAUACGGGUAAUUUUGUCGAGAUCACACGGUACAAGCCCGUUCUGAAGCCAGCCAGUGGCACGAGACAGUGCAAUUGCCGACAGGAAAUGGUAACUCGAAGUCUCGGGCCAGGACGUUUCCAGAUGAUGCAGCAGACGGUCUGCGAUGAGUGUCCGAAUGUUAAGCUCGUCAACGAAGAGAAGACUCUGGAAGUGGAAGUGGAGGCUGGAAUGAAGGAUGGACAGGAGACGAAAUUCAUUGCUGAGGGAGAGCCUCAUCUGGACGGUGAGCCAGGAGAUCUUAUCAUUCGCGUGACGACAGCUCCACAUGAGAAAUUUGAACGUAGAGGAGAUGAUCUCUACACAAAUGUCACAAUAAGUCUUCAGGAUGCACUGACGGGCUUUGAAAUGGAGAUUGAACAUUUGGAUGGGCACAAGGUGUCAGUGUCCAGGGAAAAAGUCACCUGGCCGGGAGCUAGGAUCCGGAAGAAGGGAGAAGGAAUGCCAAAUUAUGAGAAUAACAACCUCCAUGGAACAUUGUACAUCACUUUUGAUGUGGAAUUUCCAAAGCAAGACUUUAUGGAGGAAGAAAAGGAAGAGAUUCGCAAGAUCCUCAAACAGGCGUCCAUCAAUCGAGUGUACAAUGGCCUGAGGGUUUAAAAAAUUAAAAGGUAUAGUACAGUGAAUUUGUGAGCACGUGAGUCUGUGUUUUAUUUGUAAAUAAUUCAGUGAAAAAUAGAAGAGGCAAUUACAAAAAAAAAAGGAGAAAAUACAGUAGACUCUCGCAAAUUCGGCUCUUUUAAGAUCGGGCUACUUUUUAAUUCGGGCAGCGGUUACAUUUGAAAAAAGUUUGUUGUCAUUUUUCAAGUUUGAUUAUGAUUAUCAAAUGAAUCAAAUAGGCUCAAGUUUGGCAUGAUUUGUCUUAGUUUUGAUGUGAUUUUGCAUUAUUGAGGGAUUUUCAUGCAAUUUACGAUAUAUAUCAGUGUGUAAACUCAAUAUCUAUAUGCACAUGUCGCCCGAAUUUCUGUCUAAUUCGGCUGACAUUUCGGUCCUAUAUGCCCGAAUUUGAGAGAGUCUACUGUAAAACAAUUCAUGUGGAUUUUUUUGUUAUUUUAUUUAAUAAAGAUUUUUUUUAAAAGUGUGCAAAAGUUAA